AAAUCAAACCUCUUCGGUCUCCACCCAGCUCGUGGGUUGAUUUUUCUUUUAGGUCUGUCUCUAAUUUCUCCUCUCUCUGUCUCUCCUCUUCGAUUCCGACGACCACAUGGAAUCUUCUUCUCCCACUCAAACUCUAAUUGUGUGAGCCCACCGCCACAACAACCCAUGUUUUAUUAUUUAUUUCAAUAAUCACCACUCAUUGCGAAGAACCAAAAGAUUCAAACUUUCCUUUGCGGGUUGUUGUUAUGAUGUUAGUCGGCAACAUGGGUUUUCAAAUCUCUGAUGAACUGUUGGGUACUUUUGUCCCAAUUAUUCUCUACUGGGUUUAUUCGGGGCUGUAUUUGGGUUUAGGUUAUUUUGAAAAUUAUAGAUUGCACUCCAAGCAGGAUGAAGAUGUGAAGAAUUUGGUCUCUAAAACCACUGUUGUUAAAGGUGUUAUUCUUCAACAGUCUAUACAAGCUGUUGUUGCUAUCCUCUUGUUUACGGUAACUGCAGAUGAUUCUCAGGCUGCUAUAAAUCAACGAACUUCCCUGAUGGUUCUAGCCAGACAGUUCGUUAUGGCAAUGCUGGUUUUGGAUACUUGGCAGUAUUUCAUGCAUAGAUACAUGCAUCACAACAAGUUUCUCUAUAGGCACAUUCAUUCCCAACAUCAUCGUCUUGUUGUCCCAUAUGCGUUUGGAGCUCUAUACAAUCAUCCACUGGAGGGGCUUCUGCUUGACACGAUCGGUGGGGCCUUAUCUUUUCUCCUCUCAGGGAUGUCUCCUCGAUCCUCCAUUUUCUUCUUCUCAUUUGCUACCAUCAAAACAGUGGAUGACCAUUGUGGAUUAUGGCUUCCUGGGAAUCUUUUCCAUGCCUUCUUUAAAAAUAAUACUGCUUAUCAUGAUAUCCAUCAUCAGCUUUAUGGCAGCAAAUACAACUUUUCACAGCCAUUCUUUGUCAUGUGGGAUAGAAUUCUUGGAACAUACAUGCCUUACACCCUUGAGAAGAGAGUAGAGGGUGGCUUUGAAGCACGGCCUGCUAAAGAGUACAAGGACGAUUAAGUCUUACUGAUGAAUGCCUUGUUUCAACAAUGUACCAAAACCACUAUUAGUUUUUGCUCUAUUAAUCAACUACACCGGUUUUGUGAUAUGUAUAUAUUUACAUACUGCUGUGCUUUUUUUUUUUUUGUUCAUAUAGUUAUCACAAAAUGAUAAUUUUUAGCGGUGGAUUAUCUCUA